CGCGGGUUAACUCUCGUUCUGAUAACUUGGGAUAAUCGAACGUUGGCUUAUUGCAAGUUGCAUGUCUAAAAGCUGUAGAUGCCGAAAAGGUCGAUACACCCAUUCUUGCUAAAACUAUAAGGUAAAAUCAAUGACCGCCCAAUGAAUUGGCCACAGCAACCCAUUGAUGGACCAUGACCCGGGACGGAGACAUCCCGACAAUCUUCAAUCCUCGUGGUCGAAAUCGUGCUCCAAGUGUUUUAGUGACUGAUGAAGGAGUUGCCAACGGACCUUUCGCUCAUGCAGACUCCGUUAGUAGUCAGCAGGAACCGGCAGAAACCUCGUCUCCCACUGCCCCUACAGGACUCGCAGCCAAACUCAAAUCUUGUUCCAUUUCACUUUGUUCCAAAUCGGCACGGAAAAUAUACUUCGGGAUAUGGGUGACAAUCUGCGUCACAGCCUCUUGGGUGGGCGCCACUCACUGCAUAAAAUACUUAUAUUUGCAAAGACCGAUCACCGACAUCGAUGAGGACCCCGUCUUGGUGCCCCACGACACCUCCGGACUCAACAUGACCGCUCUUCAAAAACAGUAUGCAGCAUCAUAUCAAGCACCGUUUUUCACUACAUGGUUUGUAACAAAUUGGACAAUGUUAUUUUUUCCUUUAUAUUUUCUAAGUCGGUUAAGCACAAAACGGUGCAAGUCCGCAUCCGAAAUCUUCACAGAAAGUAUACGAGGGUAUAGGGAUAAAGGGUUUACCGCAGUACGAUUUAUGACGAGAUGUAGCGUGUUUUGCUUGCUGUGGGUGGGGACAAACUAUAUGUAUAUCUUGUCUCUGCGAAUACUUCUAGCAACGGAUGUUAUGGCGCUUUUUGCGACAAAUGUCUCCUUUGUGUAUCUACUGUCGUGGGUUAUCCUGCACGAACAGUUUGUUGGUAUUCGGAUCAUGGCUGUGAUAAUUUGCGACACCGGUGUGGCUUUACUGGCCUACAUGGACGGAAUCACCGGCAGCCCCACUUUGGCCGGUGUCGUGCUGGCAACCUCUUCAGCAGCAGGUUCAGCAGUGUACAAAGUCCUAUUUAAGAAAAUAAUCGGUGACGCCACUUACGGUCAAGUGGCUUUAUUUUUCUCACUCAUAGGGAUGUUAAAUGCCGCCUUUUUGUGGCCGUUAAGUUUAGGUUUGUUUUUGACGGGGGUGGAAAGUAUGAACUGGGAUAAACUACCCUGGCCAGCGCUACUUACAGCGAGCUCUCUUUCUCUAGUUGCCAAUUUAUUGGGUAACUUCAGCGUUGCCCUGACCUAUGACUUGUUUAUAACAUUAGGACUUAUAACCGCUGUUCCAGUUUCCGCAGCACUGGACGUGGUUUUGUACGGUGCUAACUUCGAAGGGAUGAAAUUAGCAGGAAUGAUUCUUAUCGCUGUAGGAUUUUUCCUGGUGAUGUUUCCCGCCAACUGGCCCGACUACAUAACCCGGCUGCUAAGAAAAUCCACACGAUUCUUCCAAGGGAAGAAAUAUCAUCAUGUUGAGUCACAGUGCCAGACCCUCCUUCUGCAAGCGAGAGGAUCCACAUCUGUCCCCGAAUCAUUAACACCCUCGCGACGUAUCACAUAAAAUGUGGAGCAGGCGGAACAGGCAUGGUAUGCAGGGAGCCCAUCGCCGAGACGUGGUGGAUUAUCGUACCGGUUAUAUACGCUCGCACCUGAGGUCGCCUUCGGGUAGGGUGAGGUGACCUAAUCCAACACCAAUGACCGACAUGAAGGAGUAUCUGCUCACUUCAUUAUAGAAUUUUUCUAUUUUAGACAUAGGGUCUCACUAUAAUCUAAUACUAAAACUGAAAUUACUGUUUUAUAUACAUUCCAACUGUAUCUUUUUUCAUUUAGUGCUAAUUGUUAAACCACCAUACCAUAUCACUAUCGUUAUUACAGACAACUUGAGCUAACUGUGUAAAAUAUAGAUGCAUUUCGUAUAAAUUUUUUCCACAUUUAGGUUUGUUGAAAUGAUAUUCAGCUAAAGUGAUGGGUCCAACAACCUUUUAAUUAAAAUAUUUUGCAAACAUAAAAAUGAAGCAAUAAUAAUUAAAUAUUGUAAAUAAUUGUUAAUUGUAAAAAUUAGACCAGCAGUGUCGUAUUUAUAAGUUCUUUAUUCCUGCUUAGACUGACAUUGCUUGGACAUUGAUGUUAUAGAGUUGAUAUACCUACAAUAAAAUAACUUACAAAGUAAACGAGUAUUUAGUUGUGUAUAAAUUUUCUGUAAUGAGGGUAAUAAUAAGAAUGUUUAGAACAUGUUAAAUCAAAAUCUUAUUACCAAUAUACGAUUUUUAUAAAUUUAGUACCUACGAAAUAAACAUUAAAUAUACACCAAAUAAAUAAAACAUAAAUCAAAAAACUCCAAACAGUAGGAACAAUAAUGAG